AUGAGGGUUGUUGCGGUAAUAACGUUGGUUUUCGGCUGUACCAACCUUGUUAAUGGUUACGUGGAGUCCCUCGAAGGUCCUACUGCAACUGAAAUGGGACAAAGCAGUGAUUUUCUUCAUGGAAAAACAUUCAUAGAAGACGAAUCGUCUGGUGGUUAGUAUAUUUGUUAACAAGAUACAAAAAAUGACCGACAGGAUUCUUCCCUUUUCAAGACCAUUUAUCUCUUUAGAGAUAAGAAGACAUUUGAAAUUGCCUGUUUACGUUAUGUAUUUCGUGUUGGUUGAAAAUUUUCUUUAGUUCCCCCAAUCAUCCCGUGUAUCCCCAAUCCCUGCAAGAGAGGAGCAAAAUGUCUGCCGACCCGUGGGAAUGAUUUCACUUGUAAAUGCCCGGCGGGCACCACCGGAAAAACUUGCAAUAAAGGUAAGCAAGCUGCUUGAAGAUAAAUAUCAUCUUUCACAUGUUCUGUUCAUUUGAAUGAGGUGGUUGUCAGUACCAUAUAAUCGUGUCCUUGUGUGAAGGCCACGUGAAAGAUCCUUAGAUGAAUGUCAAGUAUAGUUCUUAAAUAUGACGUAUUUGAAUAAAAUGGGGUAUUUUUGUGGUUUUUCCUCUGUUUUGUUGACCUGUAUCGUUUUUCUGUUACGCGAGAUCCCCCAACUGAUUUCAAGAUAAAGUUAAAACGAAAAAUUGUCACCAAACGACAUCUGGACACUGUUUGCGUACAGCGCGCGUAAUAUUCAUUUUAGUUGAACUGUUGUUACAGAUGUCGACGAAUGUGCAAACAACAAUGGCGGAUGCUCGCACGAUUGCAGCAAUACAGAUGGAAGUUAUGAAUGUCUUUGUCCUGAUGCAGAGCUGUCAUUAGCUGCUGAUAAACAUACUUGUGAAGGUAAAUUGCAGCCGGAAAAGCCCGGAAAGAACUUAAAAAUCCAAUUCAAAGCAUAGAAAUACGAUAAGACGAGUAUAUCUACAAACUAUAUUUCAUUUGAAAUAGAUUUAACUGUUUUUCGGCUUUCUCAAACUCAAUGGGAAUAAAAAAAACUAAUUCUUUCAAAAGAAAUUAUUUCGGAAAAUGUAUUUCGAAAAAGAUAUUCCCUUGCUAUCAAAGUUAACAGAAAAUAAGGUUUCAGCCUUUGUAUUUAUUCCUAACUCUUUGAAGUUAUCAUAAAAGUCCAUAUAAUGACAAAAAUUCAUCUCGUUUAUUUCUGAAAGCCCGAGGAGUUACCGUCCAAUGUCUGCAAAACCAUAUGUCGCACCAUUACUGAAGAAGGCAAAGUAAAAACAAGUAAAUUAUCUGAAGCGUGGUAAACUGCAAGCGAACAGGUCGCAAAUGGUAUUAAUUUUGCCUCUGAUCGGUUAAGAUGGUAGCAAAGAAUGAAAUAAAACCAGUAUAAACCAAGCUUGCUUGCGGCAAUGGAUUGAAAAAUUAUUGUUUACAACUAACACAGUUUAUCCUUUUUCUAGCUCAAGGAGUCACUGUGGAUUGUCGUCAAAAUGACAUGUCCAUUAGUAUCCCCAAGCCCAUACUCAAAGGAAUGGACAAGGAACAUCUUCGCCUCCUGGACCCGAAGUGUGGAGCAACAGAGACUAAAACGCAUUUUGGUCUCAAAACGCCGCUGACUGGCUGUGGCACUAAAAGAAGGCACACCAAGGCCGCCAUUGUGUACAGUAACGAGGUCCUAGAGAUUCCACUGAAAAAAUCUGAUCUCAUCACACGCGUCAGAGAGAUUGAGAUCCCAUUCAGUUGCUAUUAUUCCAACAGCAGAUUGGCUACGGCUGUUGGAUUAAAACCAAAUAACAGAAAACUGGUCUUCAUGGAAAAAGGGAAGGGAAAAUUUACAGUUGUCUUGGAGAUAUUUCACAGUCAAGGGUAAUGUUAAAGGUCCUUACGAGUUUCUUAACUCCCUUAAAAUAACUAAUAACGAGGAGCCAAUGAGAUUUAACUACUCUAACUACGGGAGAAUAACUGCAACCCUGUAGUUUUGUUUGAACAUCUGCUUAUUUCUUGAGGUGGUGGCUAAGAUCACUUAGUGUGCGGAGUAAAGGUUAUCAACAUUUGAGCAGUUAUCAACUCCGUUUACCUGCUUUCAUUCCUCUUCUAUUGGUUCUUGUCCAAUUUUUUUAAAUGAAAUAUGCAGAUUAUUGAAUGUACUGCGUUUACGCGUUAAUCGCUCUUAAAAUUUGCGACACUUAGAUUGUGUUCUAUGCUGAAAGUCAUUGCAAACGAUGAUUUUAAUACCAGGUUCUAGAGAUCUUUAAAUACCGUAAUUCGUUCAUGUCAAUAAAAAGACCAAACUUCAACUUGCAUUUCUUUUUCGAUCAGCACAUUGACAAAGAAAAAUGACCCAAGGGAUCUUUUCUGUAUUUAAGCUUUCCUUAUAAAAUAUAAUAAUGCAAAAUAGAAUUCGUCUAUUUAUAGACAAGUUAUUGAGUUUAAGCAAAAAAAGCUUCUACAUGCAUAAUUUCAUUUAUCUCUUUUUUUUGCAGAUUCACCACAGCGUACGAAUCCGAUGAUUUUCCUAUAUCUUUGAAACUCCGCCAAAGUAUGUUCGUACAAGGAAGAGUCGACAGCAAGGAUAAAAAGCUAUCAAUUCUGCUUAAAAAGUGUUUUGCCACGCCCACUGCUAACGAGAGUGAUGCCACAAAACAUAAUAUCAUUUCUGAUGGGUAAGCCUGUUACAUCAGUAUCUCUCUCUUUUUUUUGUCCUAGAAACUCUUUUGUCAAUUUUACAUAACAUCGACAUUGACAUUUUUUACAAAUGGAAAAUAGGUCCGAGGUACGUGCACCUGGUUACUUUAAUAAUUUAUCUUUUUUAUUCAUCUUACAGCUGUGCUGUCGACGAUACAGUCCAACAGCUUCCCUCCCCAGUAGGCAAAUCUCGUUUCAGUCUCGAAGCCUUUCAGUUCGUCAAGCAGCCCUUCGUUUUUAUACACUGUCACGUGGUUAUCUGCAACGCAUCUGACCUUAAGUCGAGGUGUGCCCGAGGAUGUGAAUCGGGUGGCCGAGUGAGACGCGAGCUUGGAGAACAAAAGGUGUAUUCGCUGGCACAAGGACCAAUAACACUAGACUAUCAGAAUGCUUAUGAACAAGAAGAUGAGAAGAAUACUAAUGAUAAACCUGCCAAAGAAGGUAAUUUGAGUAAGCUCACCACUAUCUUUACUGAUUUGAUGGUUGGCAAUAGUACAGGCAUUCUUACAGAUGGAAAUUAAGAUCAAACUAAAUCCUCUUGCUACUCGUUUUUUGUAAAAUGGGUAAUAUGUACUAUCCGGGGCAAGUUUCAUGAUCACUUUGAUUUAAAUUUAUGAAAGGAAAGCUCGAUUCGAGCUCACAACCAGCCCAAAAUAUCAGCUCACGAUUCGGAAUGAUCACACCAACAACAACAACAACAACAAAAACAAAUUUAAGAACCUUUAGCUUAAUAAAUGAUUAAAAUAUAGAUUCAGAAUUUUUCUGUUAUCACUGUGAUGACAUUUAAAUGAACGACAUCAUUUGUUUUACUUUGUGGGAUCACCUUUUUCCUUUUAUUUUAUGAUAACUCCAAUUUAGCAUUGAGUUUUAUUUUGUUUUGUUUUUUGUGCUUCAAAUUUUAAGUAACAACUGUGAAAUUUCUUUUGACUUUUCAGCGGAUGUGAACAUCCCAAUCCUUGCUGCUCUGGCCGCCUUUACAGCUCUCACUGUGCUCGGUUUAGCGUUCACAGCAAGGAGAAGACUGUUAAAAUAACUCUGUCAAUUUCAGUGCAAAAAAGAAAUGGAAAAUUCCUGUAAAAGCUUCAGUUUACCGAAUAAAAAACUGUUGUUGAACUAUUCCAUGGUGUUUUUCGUCUUCAAACUUCUUUGUUGUGGGAGAUAAUAUGUAUUUUUGCGUCGCACUUGCAAACCAAUCCUAAUAUUUAAAUCUUCUGAAGCACGCUUUAGUUUACUGUUAAACCACAGGAACGCUCUUUUUAUCUCAAAUAAUAAAUGUUCAACUCUUUGUUUACAAAUUCCAGAUUAUGAAAACUCCGUAGGUCCAUUAGAAAGAGAACAUUUUUUUCUCACUGAAGUUGAACUGGUCCUGUAGACCUGCAUAGUUAAAGAAAGUUGAAACUCUCGCCUCUUUCGUAUCCUGACAGUCUUAUCUACUUGCCGGGAUAAACUUCGCUGUGAUAGCAUGCGCAGAAUGAUAGGACAACCUGAUAAAAGCGUUUGCCACUGAACCUACCUGAAUACGAGAAAAUUGCGAAAAUAUUCUUUUCCCCUUAUAAACAGUUUGCUUAGCUAAAGCUCUAUUCUGGAAUUUACAAUAGAUGGUAACAAAAAUUUGGUACACAUUAAUUUAAAACGCUCUCGCCUAUUGAUCAAAAGUCAAUUGAGGUGGACGUAAUAUUUGCUCGUCAUGACAGGGUUUGCAUUUUAGCAGUUAAAGGGGAAUUUCCUCAAAACGAUUCAAUUCUUGGUAAAGCGUGGGAAUAAUACAGACUUGGCUAAAAAGGACCGCUCUUUACCUUGUACCUGCUAAGCAAGUGCAGAGUUUCAUUCUUUGCUUUACAGUCUCGCUACUACGAUGUGCAAAUUUCGUAAUCGCUAUAGUUUAUCAUACAUCAAAAGCUCUCUUGAUUUAUCUAUUGUGUUUUAAGGACAAAGACAUGGAAAUUGGGCUUUUAACAAGAAUAGAUUUACUCGUGACCAGAGAGCCAGAAAAGCGUAUCUUUCAGCCUAAGAAAAACACAAAUUUAAAAGAGACGUUAUUUAGCACAAAUAGAUUUACACUUCGUUCAUCCAGUCAUUUUCCCAUUAUUUCUCUUUCAACAUAUUUUCGGUAAAAUUUUUCAAUAUUAUCUAAUACAAAUCUUAAUUUUCCAAUGCUGGACAUUUGUGUAAUCUAUAUCAUUUAAUAUAAAACUGGCAUAGGCAAACCGCUGGAGUAGGAGGACUGGGCGAAAAUAAACUACCAAGGUGCAGUAAUAAAGGCAAACCUCUCUGUAACCAGGUUAGGUCUAAAUUAUUCUUCUUAAUUUUUUUUUUCUCAGUUCUUUAGCGGGUGGUAUUCGACAACUCUAUAACCAGUCUUAAGGCUUUGUAACACCUUAGAAAAAGCACUCGAAAAGUGUUAUGGCUGGAGAUACGAGUGUUGCGAGGGGCUUAGUGUUGUUUGGUAACUAACAGCACCAAAGUUCAAAUGCUCUUCACAGAGUUUUGUUGCGCUCACUCAAACUUGUAUGUGGGUUACCGGCCACAUAAAUGCAAAUUCCGAAAAAAUGUUUUAAUAGAUAUAAGCCAAAAGAAUUUGAUUUAUUUAUUGCAUAUUUUUCUCUUUUUUCCAACCACACAGUGGACAAUUUUGAUCGAAACUAAGAACUGAAAAAAAAAGCAAACGCAAGCAAAAAUUUUGUGUAGACUUUUUUUAACAAACAAUUUCCUUAUGGAAAAGAAUAAAAAAUCACAUAGCUAAUUGCGUCGUAUUCUUUUAUAAUUUCAUUUCUUUAGUUUGAUAAGAAAAUUAACCGCUGGAAAAUUAAGGACGAACAAAGAAGUUUUGAUACAUGAAUGAUUUCAGUGGAUGUCGACCGUCAAAUUUACGCCACUUUCAGUAUCACCUUGUGUUACUAGCUUUUCCAUGCUAUUCAUUACUCGAGAGGGAAUUACAUCAUUCUUUUAUUUCUCCAUCGCUGUGAACUCAUAGUUUUGUUUCACCUGGAAAUUGCGCAUGCAGACAACUGUGAGAAAGAGCAUUUUUCGCAGUUUUCGGUCAUUUCAAAGCGAAGAAACCUUUUCUGUUGGAUGAAACACACCUUUCUGGACAAUAAAAAGUCGCAAGAAGAUGGCUUUGUAGAAAAAAAUAAGAUGGCCUCGCAAUGAUUAAACAAGGAGUCAAACCCCCUCAAAAGAGACAAGAAAUCUGAAAAUUUAUCGUCUUUAGAGAGGACCAUGAAGUUCAAUUUCGCAACUGUUUUGAUGCUUUGCAACGCUCUCUUCGUAAAUGGCAAAGGUCUCAUACAAACAGAAAAAGAUCAGAUUGAUACUGCUGACCUGCUUAAGCAACUGCAAGAAACUGAAGAUGAUUAUUUCCCUGGAAAAAGUGAUAACCGUUUACCUCAUAAAACGUUCCUGGAGGACUCAUCUGAUGGUAAGAGCACUAUUCUUUUGAAUCCAGUCACUUUCUUUAUCUCUUGGGCAAACUUUCAGGAGUCAGCACCACUCUUAGUUCCAUUAUUUCUUAAUCAUUUCGAUUUGCGUAACCAACUGAUCGUUUGUCCCAUCAUAUCUUACAACAACAACAAAACAAAAUGGAAUAGCUUUCCUCGUGAUAUAAAUUACGUUCAAUAUCAAGUUAAAUUAUUCAACCGUUAACUUUUAUUGCUCAUGUGUACUAGCUUUAGAUUUCAGGCUCAGCUACAUAAACUGAUCAAUGCGGCUACAAAAAACGAAGGAAUGAUCGUCAUAUUGUCUUAUUUUUGUCUUGAGCGCUUGUUGGAACAAUUUAAAUGACCUGGGAUUUCAACUUGUUCCCUACGAUUUGAGAGACUAAGGUUGAUUUAUAUAAUUAAUGUCCUCGGUGACAAUAGUGUCACUAAACCCCUUUCGAAAAAGAGAUAGGAACUUGAUAGCGGUAGUUCUGAAGAUUUGUGGUUGAUGAUUAGAUUGCAAACAAAAACUUCGGUUGUUUGACUUCUUGUACUUUCUUAGAAGGAUAUUCUUAAUUACGUGCAUUUCGAUUGAGUAUCGUAAAACUGAAACCAAACAUGCUAAUCGCAAUGGCCAAUCAGAAGAAAGUAAAAUAGCUUUAGGAGCCAAUGAGAAUUAAACUGCAGACAGCGCGGGAAAACGCAUGGAGCAAGUCGUGAUUUGUUUCACUUUUGAAUCUUAUUGGUUGAGAGAGUGGACCAAUCACAGAGCGAAGUAAAGCAAAGCCAAAGGAAUCCCGGAUUAUUCUCGAAACUCGAUUGAAAAAGAGAAGACAAACUUGACAAAAAAUUGAAUUAUCUGAAGCGUGGUAAACUGCAAGCGACCAGGUCGCGAAUGGUAUUAACUUUACCUCUGAUCGGUUAAGAUAAUUGCGAAGUAUAAAGUACGCACUACCAGUAUAAAGCAAGCUUACUUGCAGCAAUCGAUUGAAAAAUUAUUAAACGAAUAUCUAAGCGAUCCUCGCAGUUAUGAACAUUACUCGAUGCUUGAGUAGUAGUGAAAAUAAGGCCUAAAAAAAAUCCGGCCUCCACUACUUGAAUAGUGUUCAUAACUGCGAGGAUCCCUUACAUAUUUGUUUCUUCAACCGAAGUUCACUUAAAUGAUUUUCAUGUAUUUACAGUCAUUUAUUCACCACUUCGAGGGUUUAUUUGGAAACAAAAUAAUAACCAGCUUCCAGUUGGCUUGUUAGCUCAGUUUUUUUCAGGCCUUGUUUUCACUUCCACUUAAGUAAUGUUCAUAACUGCGAGGAUCGCUUACAUAUUCGUUUCCUCAACCGCAGUUCACAGUUCUAGAAUUUCUUAUAUUUACCGUCAUUUGGAAAAUUAUUGUUUACAAUUUUCAAAAUUUAUUAUUUUUCUAGCUCAAGGAAUCACUGUGUAUUGUCGUCAAAAUGACAUGUCCAUUACUAUCCCUAAGCCCAUACUCAAAGGAGUGGACAAGGAACAUCUUCGCCUCCUGGAUCCGAGCUGUAAGGCGACAGAAACUCCCAUGCAUUUCAGUCUCCAAACGCCACUGACUGGAUGCAAGAGUUCUCGUAGAUCAUCCAAAUCUGCCAUUGUUUACAGUAAUACGGUCCUAGAGAUUCCCCUGAAAAACUCAGAUAUUAUCACACGCAUCAGAGAGAUCGAGAUCCCCUUUAGCUGUUACUAUUCCAACAGUGAAAUCGCUGCAGCCGUUGGUUUCAAACCAAAGAGCAGAAAACUAGUCUUCUUGGAAAAAGGGAAAGGAAAUUUUACGGUGCUUUUGGAAUUUUACCAUAGUAAAAGGUACGAAAGAAUAAGCGUAUCAGUGUAGGUUUGUAGUGGUUUGAUGAUCUAUCACUUAUAUUAUCUCGUCUCGGGUGGCUAAAGCUUUUUAUCGAUCUAAAGUGAAUAUGGAACAAGGGCUAAAUAAAUUUUAACCCUUGAAAAAUACCAAAUAUUCAAAGAUUUUUUCUUAAAAUAAUUUCACCAAUCUCUUUUAGAUACAUCAAGCCAUACGGUCCUAAAGAUUUUCCAAUACCUUACAAACUUCGCCAGCAAAUGUACUUACAAGGGAAAGUAGAUAGCAAAGAUAAGCGGCUGUCAAUUAUGUUUGAAAAUUGUGUCGCCAUACCCACUCCUGACGAAAAGAACGCUGUAGGACUCCAAAUUUUAGCUAAUGGGUAAGUGAUUAAUUUCUUCACAUCUUUCAUCGAAACCAUUACUUUAUUGUAUGGAAAAAUAAUGAGAUUAUGAAGGAAAGUCAAUUGAGACAGAGUACAUUUUAGUUGAUUUGUUUUUUUGUCCUUCUCUUGGUAACAACAAUUUAUUGUCGUGAAGAGAGAGGCUACUUUACUAUUAAUUCAGCCCAGAAAUUAAACUAGGAAAGUAGCGACAGCCCAUCAAAUAGAGAAACAAAGGAGCCGAUCAGAACUCCAGGUAGACAAAUGGAGUUCGAUACGAACAAAAGCAUCAACAAACUUUAUUUAACUCCUUUCUUAUUAAUAAAAUUUAUGGAUAUAUUAAUGAUAUAAAUAAAAAAAUAACGCGCUUCUGAUUGGCUGAAAACGAGUCCAUUUUCCAUGUAGCGCGGGUGCAAAUUGUAAAUUGCGCGCGCUGUUAAAAUUUUGUCUGUCUUGACUAUCUGUGCUACUCUUUUUCACUUAAAUUAUAGAUAAGUAAUAACAUUGUUUCUCGUGAAAUUUGGAGCUAAUAGGAACAUGUUAAUUUUUCAAAGACUACGAAUUACAUUCGCCCGUGAAGGAACGGGAAAUGCUCGUGUUUGAGACCAGCCCUUCGUUAGAGCUCUGAAGAAGGGCUGACGCUCGAAACUUCAGCCUUUUAAAUCUUUACGGUGGCCAAGUUAUGCUUUAACUCAGUUGUUAACACUAAAUUACCUGCCAUACUCUCCCACCGACGCAGCACCAAAGUUUCUUUAGAAACUUACCCCCUUUAUUCGUUAGUUCUUAUUAGCUGAGAAAAAGACCUGUGCAGGGCUGAGAAGAGUCAAAUGAGAUAAAAUUUAUCUCUGUGACCUUGUGUAUGGUAAAAAACAUUUAUUUGUUUUUUUAUUUCCUCUCUCUGCAGUUGCGCCGUUGAUGAUACCGUUCAAUUUCAUCCCGCUCCCACAGGUUAUUCUCGCUUCAGCAUGGAAGCCUUCCAAUUUGUUAAGCAUCCCUUCGUGUUUAUUCACUGCCAUGUGGUGAUCUGCGACGCAUCAGAUUCUCAGUCAAGAUGCGCCCGAGGUUGCGUGCCGAGUCCGCGGCGAGAGCGACGCGGGAUCGAAGAAAAACGAGUCUAUUCGUUAAUUCAAGGACCACUAACGAUCGAUGACUCUUCGGAAGAAUUUGAACCAUCGAAUGACGAGACGGCGCAAAACCCACCGGAGAUUGAGGGUGAGUAG